AUGACAUUCUUAUGGGCAAACAUCGAAUUUGAAUAUAACUCAAUUACAAUGAGAUAUAUUAAUGAUUGGAUUUGGUAAUAAUUACUGUUUAUAAUAGGUAUCACUAUUCAAUUUUAGCCAUAUUUCCUCUUUGGAUAAUAGGGUUAUAUAGAAUUUAUCUGCAUAUAUUUGACUAUUAAAAACACCUCUAGAUAAAACAAUAGAAAUUUAUGAAUGCAAUAGUUUUUACUUUAGUAAAAUUAAAUUAAACUUAGACAAUAUAUGCCCCAUUUUAUUAUUUAUUUGAUGCCAUAAUUUCUAUUUAUGAAGGUACUUACUUGACAGAAUGCAGAUUCCCUUAUUUUUUUCAUCAUAUGGUAUAUAUAAAUUUAUAAUUUCUUUUUAGAUAGCAAUAGUGGUAUAACCAUUUUUGUUGAGUAGAUAUGUUCUUAAUUGGUGGGAUAUUAUGGUUUGUUCUACUCAUGCCAUUUUUGUAAAAUAUCCUAGAAAUGCAAUAAUUCCAUAUAUUUAUGUUUCUUCCAUUUUUAUCUUCAAUUUGAGUUUGUAUGUAGAUAGAUCUAGUUGGAAUAAUAGAUUUGUUGGAAAAUAUUUUCCUGUAAUCUAUUAUUCAUUUUUUGUUAUUUUUAUUACAAAAGAUUGCGAUAGUUCUUUACCUUAUUUGGCAGAAUGA